AUGUAAACCUAAAACUUGUUAACAAUUUAUAACAAUAGAAUCAUUGUAAAUUCAAAAUUAAUCAAAAUAAUUGGAAUUAUAUAUAAUCAUGUUCAUGGCUUAAUGGAGCUUGUAUAUCUGCAGAUAAUUUAUUUACUGAAUAAAAUUGCUACAUUAAUUCUGAUUAUACUGCCAAAUAGAGUACUAAUGGAGAUGGUUUUUAUAUUACUUUUAAUUUUAUAUAAUCAGAAGUAAUUACUCAAAAAAAUCAAUGCUUAUGUUCUUAGUUAUUUACUCAAUAUGAAUGUAGUUUAUUUUCCUGUUUUUGUAAAAUGGUAUUUUAUUGAUAAUAAUUAUGAUUGUGAUUCGUCAAAUUGGAUUGAUUGA